CUUGCAACGGAUAAUCAAGGUUUUCGAUAAUGGACCACGAUUUGAUUAUUCCUUUUCACCUUUGUAUCAAAACAAGUCAUAAAAAAUCAUCGAAAGAAAUACUCGACAUCAAAACUUUGACACAGACAGACAUUUAUCGAAUGUAGAUUGUAGUUUGCUGUUUCAACAAAACUCGAAAGAAAUUGAGAGAGUUCGUAACCUGAAUACUACAAACAAAUCACCUACGUUUUGCAAUCGAACAAACGAGUGUAACAGUUUCAUUUUAUCAAGAGGAUAUAUAAUGGAUUCUUUAACCGACGAGGAGAGAGACUUCCCAAUUGCAUAUAGUAUUCUUGUUUACGAAAGCCCAGAACAAUUCGAGAUUCUUCUGAGAGCCAUAUACCGCCCACAAAAUGAUUACUUCGUUCACGUUGACAGAAAAACUACCGAAAACGUGUUUAAUGAAUUCUCAUGCAUUGCACAAUGCUUUCCAAAUGUGAAGUUAGCAUCUAAAAGAAUGGAGGUGGAAUGGGGAAUAGGAAUAGUACUAGCGGAACUCUCGUGCAUGAAAGAUCUUUUAUCAUUUUCAAAAUGGAAAUAUUUCAUUAACUUAACUGGUCGGGAGUUUCCACUGCGUACAAAUUAUGAAUUAGUGAAAAUAUUAAAAAUUUAUAAUGGUUCCAAUGAUGGGGAAGGCACAAUCAAAAGGGCUAACAAAGACAGAUGGGAAAUUGAAGAAAAGCCUCCCCAUAAUAUUCAUCCAGUAAAGGGAUCGGUUCACGUCACACUUAAUAGAAAGUUUGUUGAAAACCUCGUGAACAAUAGUGUAGCUGCUGAUUUUCUAACUUGGGUAAACAAAACAAAAAUUCCAGAUGAGACAUACUUCGCCACACUAAUUCACAAUUCUGAUCUUGGAAUUCCAGGAAGUUUUAAAGUUAUGCUGAUAUAAGAAGUAUGGCGCCUGAAGAUUUCAACAUCAAAGUGAAAACCCCAAAAAAGUAAUUUCUAUCUUAUUUUAAAUAUCUUUUUUUAUGUUUACUUGAUUAUCCUCAUGAUAAUUUCUGAUAUACCGGUCAUGUAAUCGGUGCUGGUAGUUUUAUGAUGAUCUUUAUAAUGUGAUAUUGACAGUGAAUGAUUGGAUUGUUCUAGCUCUGGGAAAAACCGAUUUGAUAAUUUUUGAAGAGUUAUGAAUCAAAUAAUGAUAGCAUUAUAAUAAUAGUAAAACAUUUUUGAGAGGGUUCAAGGUCGGCUAUCCUAACAUUAUCUGGGGCAACAGUUUUAUCAAUGAUACAAAAUGUAGAUUACAUGAAGACACAGUUUCUUGCUAAUCUAGGAAUCAAUAAUUAAAAAAUGUUAAUACAGCAGAUUUUGAUCAAUUCUAUUCCAUUUCAGCCAAGAAUUGCAGUUAAAAAAUGCAUGUUGAUUAGAUAUGAUGCAAUAUUAGUUGAAAUGAAUUUUAUAGUACUGGCCAGUAUUGGCCCUUGUUUUGAGAGAGAGAGAGAGAGAGAGAGAGAGAGAGAGAGAGAGAGAGAGAGAGAGAGAGAGAGAGAGAUGUAUAAAUUAAAUCAAAAUGUUUAAUGUGACUACAAUUUUUUCAGCCCCAUAACCUAUGCCUGGGAAGGUCAGAAACAUUCGACAUCUGACACUAGCAUUAACAUACAUGUACAUAUAAUCCACCUUAUGCAAGACCAAUGUGAAAAGAGUGUAAAAACAUGUACUGUACAUGUUAUUCACCCAUAUCAUACAUGCUGAACAGUUCUUGGUAACUUGUCAGGAUUUGAAAAACAGUGGUAUUUCAAAAUAUUAAUGUUCAAGUUUAGGGGAAAAAAAUUACCAAAAUUUAUAUGUUUGAAAAUGUUUAACAGCCAUUUUUAUGAAUAUUACUGGACUUUUAAUUUUUAGUUUAACUGAAGGACAAAAAGGUUUUCCUACAUGGAUAGAGUUACUCUACGUGUUAAACAUCACACAAUUCACCUUACACCUUCAAUGGUUUGUUGUUGAUAUUUUUAUUUUUUAGAUCUUCGUAGAUAGGUAGAAAGAAAUGCUGCUUAGAAGAUGUAAAGAAGUAGCAUUUUAUAGUGGAGAGCAAAUUAUUUUUACAUUUCAUUCAUGUGAACUUGAUGCUAUUAAAACAUUACAAUAUCUGUAUAAACACUGCCCAUUUUUUUUUUAAAAACAGUUGAAGACAAACUGUUUUUGUGGGUUAAUGUUAACCUUUACAGUUACAAAGAUCAAUUUCACAUGUUUUCAAUUAAAUCCUAAAUUGUGUUCAACUAUAUUUAACUAUACACUUGUUGUUUAUUAACAAUCAGUUUUCAUUGAAAUACAUUGUAUUUCAUUAUUGCUUUUUUUACACAAAUAACUUACAAAUAAAAAAAUGCAAAAAAAUAUAAUUCUUUGAAUCUGUUUAUUAAUAAUUUAUUCUGAUAUUUAUGUGCAUAUACAUGUAUCUAUAUACAUAAGUGUGUGAUGGAGACAAAUGCAUGAAAAGCAAGAAUGACAUCACACUUUUUGUCUUGCAUUCUAUGUUUUUCAUACAAAAUUUACAUGCAAUAGUAAGAUUAAUAAAAAGUGAACAUUUAUUGUGAAAUCUUACAUUAAUUAUGAUAG